AUGCUGGAUUUAGGUGACGGUGGCAAAGACUCAGUCGCGCGGGGGCACGACGAGGACGAGGACGAGGAUGAGGACGAGGAGGCGGGUCCGAGCGCGCACGCGGCGUCGAUGUACGCGGUGGACGACGACGGCGAAUACGUCAAUCGCGACGCGCACGUAUACGCCGCAGACGCGUACGCGGUGAGUGACGACGCGGAGCAGACACGUGCAAAUCUCAGCUCGGGAGACUUUGUCGAUCAAGCGCUCGCGGCGGCGGCCAAGGUGGAGCGCGAGCGACACGGUCGCGAUAUUGAGAUUAUGACGAUCUCCGCGGACGACUUGCGCAAAGCGCCUCAACGCCCGGGGGCGGCUAUCAUCCAGCACGAAGGCGCGCUAUCGAACAUUCAUACCACGCAGACCAGCGCAACGGCGAAGCAUAAGCAUCAGCUCACAUCGUUACUGCACGAGGCCAAGGUUGAGGAAUCGCGCAUCCUCGAAGCCGGUCUCAAGGCGAAUCAAACGCGCGCGACGAAUCGACGCAAGUACGGCUGGUGA